UUUGUGCUAUGUGAGUCACUCUUUACUAUUCUUCUCAUCAAGAUCUGUUAUUUUCUUCUCUCUUACUUCACAUUCUAACUCUUCAAUUUCCUCUCUUCUUUCUUCUUUGCGGAGUCCUUUAUACUGCAUUCAACUCCUUCUUUCGGGAUCUGUUUUUCAGGGGACGUAAAUUGAGGAAUGAUAAGGAGAUGGGGAGUAAAGGAAAAUGGUUUUCAAAGGUGAAGAAGGCGUUCAGUCCAGAUUCGGAGAAGAAAGAUAAGAAAUCGAAGAAGAAAUGGUUUAGAAAAGAGAAAGAUUUCUCUUCGGAGUCUGUUCCUUUGGAGACUGUGAAGACACCUCUUCCUCCUGCUCCGCUUCAGGCGGAGGAGGAGGAGGUAAAGGUAACUGAAGUAGAGGAUGAUCAGAGGAACUAUGAAGCUUCUGUGGCAGUUGCUGCUGCAGUGUCGGAUAAGGCGGCUGGUGUUGCCGACCAGACUGUUCCGGUGGUUGUUCGAUACACAAGUAAUGCUAGAUUUGAUGGAAAAUCAAAGGAAGAGGCGGCUGCAAUCAGGAUUCAGACUGCAUUUCGUGGUUACUUGGCAAGAAGGGCAUCGAGGGCUUUAAGAGGUCUUGUCAGGCUAAAAUUACUAAUGGAAGGUCCCGUGGUGAAACGCCAAGCCACUAAUACCCUUCGGUGCAUGCAGACUCUAUCACGUGUGCAGUCUCAGAUUCGUUCUAGGAGGAUCAGGAUGUCAGAGGAGAAUCAGGCGCGCCAAAAACAACUCCUACAAAAGCACGCGAAAGAGAUUGCGACGCAGAUGGGGGAAGAUUGGGAUGACAGCCUACAGUCUAAGGAACAAAUUGAAGCAAGCCUGCUAAUCAAGUAUGAAGCAGCUAUGAGAAGAGAAAGGGCAAUGGCUUAUUCGUUCUCUCAUCAGCAAACCUGGAAAAAUCCGUCAAAAUCUGUAAAUCCAAUGUUCAUGGAUCCAAGGAAUCCCACAUGGGGUUGGAGCUGGUUGGAACGGUGGAUGGCAGCCCGACCAUGGGAGAGCCGUGGCAUGACUGAGAAAGAACUCAACAAUGACAACUCAUCUCUAAAGAGUGCAAGCUGCAGUAUUGUUGGAGGAGAAAUCACCAGAUCUUAUGCUCGCUACCAACUCAAUUCUGACAAGCAAUCCCCAACAGCCAAUCAAAAAGUAACCAAAACUCCAAGCCUCCAAUCCCCAUCAACUCCUACCAAGCCACCUUCAACUGGUGCAACUCCUAUCAAGCCAGCUUUUUCAACAGGUGCAAGAAAAUUGAAGCCAGCGAGCCCAAGGGCCAUUGUUUCUAGUCAGGAUGAUGACACUAGAAGCAUGAUCAGUGUGCAGUCAAAUCGGAGGCACACCAUUGGAGGUUCAUCAGUACGAGACGAUGAGAGCCUGCCAGGCUCUCCUGCAGCUCCACGUUACAUGGUACCCACUGAAUCUGCAAGAGCCAAAUCCAGGUUGCAGGGCUCACUGGGGGCUGAGAAAGUGUCACCAGUCUCUGCAAAGAAACGGCUCUCUUAUCCACCAUCGCCGGCCAGGCCAAGACGGCAAUCUGUUCCACCAAAAUUGGACUGCAGCAUUAACACAGAAAUCAGUGUGAGCAAUGGAGGGGGCAACGAGGGUGGAGAAAGGUAAAAAAUAAGCAUAAUAAUUUGAUUAAGGAAUCCUCAGCAGCUGUUAAAAUUUGUUGUAUUCAUUGCACUCAAAAGUAUUGGUUUGGGCUGAAAUUUCAUUUCUUUCUACAGGAUUACUGUUAUUUAUUAUCUGUUUAUUGGUUAUAGUUACCCUCAUUUGGCUGAGUUAUUGGCAUUCACAAUUGUGAUGCCAUUGGCAACUCUGUAAGUCCAGAUGGGGGCCUCUGCUCUGCAUUCUGGUAAUUUCAUAAAAGAACAGUUGUCAUGUACUUGAAAUUCCUGAUUCGUUGUAUCAAACUGUUAUGAAUAUUUUAAUUUCUU